AUGGUAACUGGGUUCAUCAAUUAUGGUCAACAAACAAUACGUGCGGCAAGGUACAUUGGUCAAGAGCGUUUUCGUGGUCGAAUUCAUUUUGAAUUUGAUAAAUGCAUUGCUUGUGAAGUAUGUGUUCGUGCAUGUCCUAUAGAUUUACCCGUUGUUGAUUGGAAAUUGGAAACGGAUCUUCGAAAGAAACGGUUGCUUAAUUAUAGCAUUGAUUUCGGAAUUUGUAUUUUUUGUGGUAAUUGUGUUGAGUAUUGUCCAACAAAUUGUUUAUCAAUGACUGAAGAAUAUGAGCUUUCGACUUAUGAUCGUCACGAAUUAAAUUAUAAUCAAAUUGCUCUGGGCCGUUUACCAAUAUCAAUAACUGAUGAUUACACAAUUCGACCAAUUUUGAAUUCACCUCAACCAAAAGAGCAAUUCCGUGAUUGA